AUGUCUGCCGACAACUUCCGCCUCGACGGCAAGGUCGCCCUUGUAACUGGAUCUGGCCGCGGUAUUGGUGCCGCCAUCGCAGUCGAGCUGGGCAAACGUGGUGCAAACGUCGUUGUCAACUACUCACGAGCUGUCGAUGAGGCCAACAAGGUUGUCGAGACCGUCAUCGCCAACGGCACCAAGGCAAUCGCCAUCAAGGCCGAUGUUCGUGAGAUCGAUCAGGUUGCGAAGAUGAUGGAUCAGGCUGUUGAGCACUUUGGUCAACUCGAUAUCGUCUCUUCGAAUGCUGGUCUUGUGUCUUUUGGACACUUGAAGGAUGUUACUGGUGAUGAGUUCGACCGUGUCUUCCGGGUCAACACCCGUGGUCAAUUCUUCGUGGCUCGCGAGGCAUACCGACACCUCAGCGUCGGCGGCCGCAUCAUCCUCACAUCCUCCAACACCGCCUCAAUCAAGGGCGUACCCAAGCACGCAAUCUACUCCGGCUCCAAGGGCGCCAUCGACACAUUCGUCCGCUGCAUGGCAAUAGAUGCAGGCGACAAAAAGAUCACCGUCAACGCAGUUGCCCCCGGCGCUAUCAAGACUGACAUGUACGCUGCUGUUGCGCGCGAGUACAUUCCCGGCGGCGACAAGUUCACCGAUGAGCAAGUCGAUGAGUGCGCCGCCUGGCUUUCUCCGCUGGAACGUGUUGGCCUACCAGCAGACAUUGGCCGUGUUGUUUGCUUCCUUGCGUCGGAUGCUGCCGAAUGGGUCAGUGGGAAGAUUAUUGGUAUUGACGGUGGUGCCUUCAGAUAG